UUCCGUUCAUUCAGUGUUGGAACGCGUUCCGGUGCGGACACGGUGUCGACGAAGUGCCGACGGCGACCAAAAACGAAACGCGAAUUCGUGGCGAUUUGGUGGUGUGAAUCGUUUCUUUUUGUGCCGUUUUCUCUACCGCGCGAGUGCGUGCGUGUCUCGGUGCGGGUUCUGGUUUUUUGUUGUUGUUGUUGUUAGUCGGUUAGCUCUUGCGGGGACGCUUUCCUCCUUCCGAAUUAAGGGGGUUUUCGGAGCAGGGUUACGGUGGUGUGCUGGGGAGUACGGUGUGACGGAAGUCUGCCCUGCCCCGGUGGUGUUUCUUGCAGUAGAAAAGUCCUUAAGCACUAAAACUGGCAGAGCCUCUAAAAGGCAGUAUUGGUCAUCCUGAUAGGCAAUUGCGUUCACUAGCGUUUAGUUUUCGCGCGAAAUUAGUGACGAAUUAUACGCGGGUACAGUAACCGAGCUCGGUUGCGUCGCGUUCGUAGUGUCGACGGUACAGUGUGUUCGUGGUGAAUUAUCGCCACCAGAAAGAAAAGGUUGAUUCUGGCGAGGGUUUACUGAAACCUUCCACGCAAUGUGAAAAUUGUGAAAAAUUAAGCAUUUAAGGAAAGAAAUAGCUAAAUAGUGCAACAACAAAAAAAGGUGAUCGAGCAGAAAAAGAAGUACUCGAGUGGGUCGGAGGAAAUUGGAAGGAGCGAAUCUUAUUUCGCCCUCUUACCCCACAGCGGUACGUGUGUGUGUGUAUGGGUGUGUGCGUGAGUGUUGAUUGAGAAAAAGCGGUCGGAAUGUAUGCCGGUUUAACCUGUGCUUAGAUACCGUGCAUCAAAUUUCUACCGGCGCCACGAGUGCGGCGGUUUGUGCUUAGUGUUUCAUUAAAAAGUGUCAAUUGAAGCUUUCGGGCCGCGUUCGAAGUGGGCUCUCACCUUUUCUCUCUAUCGAUCCGUUGCUUCGGAUUUCAUUUGCCGAUUGCUGUUUUUUUUUUUGCUGAACACCGUACAAUUUACCAGAUCGAAGCUGCUGAAUGUUAGCUAGCAAAGCAAGUGAUCGGGCAAAAUAACCGAAAGUGUGUACAAAAUGAUGAAUUGAAAGUAAACGACCCACGUUCAAUGGUUCCGCACAUGUAAGCAUGUUGUUCGGAUGAAACGAGCGAUUACAAAACGCAGUGCGCAGUGCCAUUUGCUGAUAGUGCGCCCUUCCUAGAACAGCACUUGUCACAUUCUAUUGAUCCUCGUUUGUUUUCCCACACCCUCCAGACACCUUCUCCUUACUUUAACAUCCCUAUCAAAGUGCCCUGUUUUUCGUUUUCCUCUCACCACGUGGUGUAGUUUGCCGUGCGAUCGCGAUCGUGAUCGUGUGUGUGUGUCAGUCGGUGACGUGUGGUCUAGAGCGAAGAGCAAAAGUCAGUGUUUAUGAGCGCGCUAAGUGUGCACGACCUCAACAGCAACUGCCCAUCGCUAUUCCGCCGCAAACGGUGUUGCUGCUGUCAGCGCUCCGACCCGACCGCAGCCACCAGCUAGGACCUGCGACGCGCACAACAUGGCGGCACUAUCACCACCAGCAAACGAACAGCAGCGAUCAUGCAUCUCGUCGAGCGUGAGCCAAAGACGAUCACAGCCACCUGUCCACAGCCCUUACCGGGCCGUUCCACUGGCAGAACCACAGGUUAGCAGUGGCAGGAAGAUGGCUGCCCGGUGGAUCUACGUAGCGCUGGCAGCACUGCUGGCUGCAAUCACACUGCACGAGGUUGACGCAUCGCCGAACGCAACCAUCGCUAAUGGAAGCGUUAAUGGGCCGAUUUCGGUGCUGCCCAAUUACAACGUUAGCAGCGAUGAUCUAAUUACGCCGGAUGAGAUCAAUGCCGGGCUGCUGGAGUACGUAGCCGGGCCGCUUCCACUGGCAGCGGUGGAUGCAGCCAAACCGAGGCGAGAAAAUGCACGCCCAGCCGCCAUCUACAUGAACGAGUUCGCCGUGUACAUUCCGCGGGGCGGCGAUGUGGCCGACUCCAUCGCGCACAAAUACGGCUUCAGCAAUAUGGGACAGAUCGGUCCCCUAAAAGGCUACUAUCUGUUUCACCACAAUCACGUGCGCAAACGUUCGCUAGAUCGUAGCGAAGUGCAUCACAAUGCUCUCAAUACCGAACCGGAGGUCCGAUGGGUGCAGCAGCAGCACGAGAAGCCCCGAUACAAGCGUGACUACAGCACGUUCGAUCAGGACUUUGUGCGAUUUCCAGGCUUCCGGUCGCUAGUGUCCGGUGCGAGGAUGGCCUACCGUGACACGAGCACCCACAACAUCUUUCCCGAUCCACUAUUCAAGGAACAGUGGUACCUGGUGAGUGCAAAUGGUGGCGCCAAGGAUGGACCGGACAUGAACGUUGGACCGGCCUGGCAAAAGGGCUACACGGGCAAGGGUGUCGUGGUGUCAAUUCUCGACGACGGCAUCCAGCGCAACCAUCCGGAUCUGGCUCUCAACUACGAUCCGGACGCUUCGUACGACAUUAACGGCAACGACUCGGACCCGAUGCCGCGCGAUAACGGUGACAACAAGCAUGGAACGCGCUGUGCCGGCGAGGUAGCGGCCGUCGCCUUCAACCAGUACUGCGGUGUCGGUGUGGCGUACAACGCCAGCAUUGGUGGCGUACGUAUGUUGGAUGGUACGGUGAACGAUGCGGUAGAGGCCAAAGCACUGGGGCUGAACCCGGACCACAUCGACAUCUACAGUGCCUCCUGGGGCCCGGAAGACGAUGGUUCGACGGUGGACGGACCGGGACCGUUGGCACGACGUGCCUUCAUCUUUGGUGUCACCAGCGGCCGACAGGGCAAGGGUUCGAUUUUCAUCUGGGCCUCGGGCAACGGUGGUCGCUACACUGACAGCUGCAACUGCGAUGGGUACACCAACUCCAUUUUUACCCUAUCGAUCUCCAGCGCUACUCAGGGCGGCUAUAAGCCAUGGUAUCUGGAGGAAUGUUCGUCCACGCUGGCAACCACCUACAGUUCGGGCACGCCUGGACAUGACAAGAGUGUCGCCACCGUCGACAUGGAUGGUUCGUUGCGUCCUGAUAGGAUCUGUACGGUAGAGCACACGGGAACUUCGGCCUCGGCACCGUUGGCCGCCGGCAUCGCUGCCCUAGCACUCGAAGCCAACCCAGCCCUUACCUGGCGUGAUAUGCAAUAUCUCGUAGUGCUGACGUCACGGUCGGAUCCGCUCGAGAAGGAGCCGGGCUGGAUACUGAACGGUGUGAAGCGUAAGGUGAGUCACAAGUUUGGCUACGGACUGAUGGAUGCAGGCGCAAUGGUAAGUCUGGCCGAACAGUGGACCGCCGUACCCUCGCAGCACAUCUGCAAGUCACGCGAGAUCAACGAAGAUCGUCCGAUCGAAGUGUCGGUCGGCUACACGCUGCAGACGCACAUGGAUGUGAAUGGGUGUGCCGGUACGGUGAACGAAGUACGCUAUCUGGAGCAUGUCCAGUGUAAGAUCACGUUACGAUUCUUCCCACGAGGAAACCUGCGCAUCCUGCUCACCUCACCAAUGGGUACCACGUCAACGCUACUGUUCGAGCGUCCGCGUGACAUCACCAAGUCUAACUUUGACGAUUGGCCGUUCCUGAGCGUACACUUCUGGGGCGAACGGGCAGAGGGUCGCUGGACGCUACAGAUUCUGAACGGAGGACCACGGCGUGUCAGCCAACCGGGCAUCCUGUCCAAGUGGCAGCUCAUCUUUUACGGAACACAGACCGACCCGAUCCGGCUCAAGUCGGAAGGCACGCGUUCCGGAGCGGCCGGAUAUUCCGGGCUGAAUCCGUUCGUGUUUCCCACCGAAACGGACAUCAAUCAGCAGGCAGGAUCGCUUGGUGGAGCCGGCGCAGCGUACUAUCAGUCGGACCUGUACAACAACUUCAUGAACUACCCGAACCUGUACAGUGCGGCUGGCAGCGGGAUCGAUAAGACGGUGGCAACGCUGAACGGUCACAACAUUCCGACGGCCCAGCGUGAGAACGUGAUGGCCGACUCGAACAACAAGCUUGUGGUGUUGCACGACUGUGACCCCGAGUGUGAUCAGCAGGGCUGUUACGGGAAGGGACCGACGCAGUGCGUCGCCUGCAAACAUUACCGGCUGGACAAUACCUGCGUAAGCCGGUGUCCCCCAAGGAGCUUCCCGAACCAGGGAGGUGUUUGCUGGCCCUGUCACGAGUCGUGUGAAACGUGUGCCGGCGCCGGCCAGGACAGCUGCCUGACGUGCGCCCCCGCCCAUCUGUACGUUACCGAUCUGGCCGUCUGUCUGCAGGUCUGCCCCGAAGGAUACUAUGAAAAUUACGAUAAUCGAACGUGUGUGCCGUGUGAAGCAAACUGUGCCUCCUGCCAGGAUCGACCCGACUACUGUACGAGCUGUGAUCAUCAUUUAGUUAUGCAUGAGCACCGCUGUUAUGCCGCCUGCCCGAAAAACACCUACGAAACGGAGGAUUACAACUGCGCCGAUUGCCAUCCGUCCUGUGCCACCUGCAACGGAUCGUCCGAGAGCCAGUGCAUCCUGUGCCGGGCCGGCCGGUUCGCGCACGAAGGCCGCUGCCUGAACGCCUGUCCGGACGGUUACUAUGGCGAUAAAAAGCGCCACGAAUGCAUUGCCUGCCCGCACGGGUGUGCAACCUGUGGCAAUGGGGCCGUCUGUCUGACGUGCAACGUCAACUGGACCAUGAACCGGAAGGGCAAGUGCAUUGCGAACGGUAACAACAACUGUGACGAAUCUGAAUACUUUGAGAAUGGUCACUGCCAUCCGUGCCACUCGACGUGCGAAACCUGUACCGGGCCGACGGAGAACGAGUGUUUGACCUGUGCCUCGAACCUGCUGCUCCAGGGCCAACGGUGCGUGAAUGUGUGCGACGAAGGCUACUACAUGGAGGUCGGCGUUUGUGCCAAGUGUUUGCAUACCUGCACCCAGUGUGUGUCGCGCAUGAACUGUACCGCCUGCAUGAAGGGACUGCAGCUCCAGAGCGGAGAGUGUCGCACGACGUGCGCCGAUGGCUAUUACAGCGAUCGUGGAACGUGUGCCAAAUGCUACCUAAGCUGCCACACGUGCAGCGGCCCACGGCGAAACCAGUGCGUCCAGUGUCCGGAAGGGUGGCAGCUGGCGGGAGGCGAAUGCUUCCCCGAGUGUCCGGAAGGAUUCUUCAAGACAAAGUUCGGAUGUCAACGCUGCCAUCAUUACUGCAAGACUUGCAACGGUGCGGGUCCAGUGGCCUGUACGUCGUGUCCAGCUCACAGCAUGCUGCAGAACGGGCUGUGCAUCGAUUGUCUCGCCUCGCAGUACUACGAUCCACCGACGCAAACGUGCAAAACGUGCCACGAGUCGUGCCGGACGUGCAGCGGUCCCGGACAGUUCUCCUGUCUCACCUGCCCCUUCCCACUGCACCUCGAUCGACUCAACCAUCAAUGUGUGCCUUGCUGUGCGGCGGACGCCUCGCCCGAUGAUCAGAGCUGCUGCCACUGCGACAAAACGACCGGUGGUUGCAUUAACGCAUCACCCGCCGGCAAACGACGCAUCGGGGCCGAGCAACAGCUGCUGCAGUUCGGCGAGGAGAGCAACAGCGGUGCCGCGAACGUUCCCGGCGAGGGCACCGAAGCCGGCCAGUCCCGCCGCGUCUGGCAGCAGUUCCUAACAAGCACGUCCACGCCGACGCUGAUGGUGGUCGCCGUGUCCGGCUGUCUGCUAAUUGUUACCCUGUUUGUAGUGAUAUUUACCGUUUUACAGAAGCGUAGCCAAACGAUGUACACUGGAAUUAAGUAUAAUAAAUUAGGCAAGAAACCAGCGUCGGGCGGUAGCCGAACCACCAGGAUAUCGAUACCGGCCGAAUGCGAUGAUUUACUGGAACCAAUUGUAAAUAAUGGCGACGAGGAUGACGACGAGGACGACGAGGAUGAGGCCGGUGGUGCGUACGAUGGGGGCGAGCGGGGAAGCCGCGGGGAGGACGGGGAGGAGGACGAUGAGCAGCAGGCUGGCGGAGGACGUUUUGACAGCCGGAGGUUAACCGCAGCACGAGGGAAAAGGACGUUCCGCUAUGCGACGACCGCCACCCGGACCUAGUUGGGGGCAGGGCUGUAUUUAGAAGCGGAAUCAACAUAAUUUUACACCCCCUUCCUCACCUGCCAGCUCUCUGACCGUUUCCACCGCCAUCAGCGUCCGAGGGGGGUGGGGAAGCGGACACGAGUCUGACAAGACUGGAAAUGGAGCGCAAUGGUGGACGCGCGUGUUUGCCCUGAAUGAUUGCUCCCGAGUGUAUGUGUGCAUAAGCGUGCGUGUGUGUGUGUGUGGUGAUGAAAAACUUUCCAAUGAAAGGACGUAUGUGUGUGAGUGCGUGUGUGUAUGGUAAAUCGGGGAGGAAAAUGGAACAUGGACAUCAACAAGCGCGGACCCGUAAACCCAACACCUGCCCACAGUAGGAGGCGGUAAGGCCGAGGCCAUGAUAAACCACGGCCAUUCACAAGGCAGCAUCGGAGGGCGACACACUCACACAACCACACACCUCCAUCGUGACAGCGAAUUCAUCAGUUUAGUUCACUGUAUUUUCUUUCUCAUUUUCAUUUUCUUCUUCUGGGUGCACUUUAAGCUAAGUUCAUUUUUCCUGCUUUUUCUAUAAGAACGAGGCAAAUAAGUCGUCCUUCCUUGCAUUUGCGGUCAUUAUCGAGAUGGUAGGACGGCGUUUAGUGCAUAGUUUUGAGUGUGAUUGAGUGUGCGUGUGUGUGUGUGUUUUUCGCCCCUCUUGUUUAAUUUAUAGUAACUCUUUCCUUCUUUUAUGUUAAACACUCUUUCUCCUCUUUUUCGAUUAGUAAUUCUUUCGUCAUGCCGUAAUACUGGAAUUAUAAAUAAUUCUUUUUUUUUACUCAUUUUCUUUUGUUUUUCUCUCUUUUUUAUUCAUUCUUUCCUUUCUUGUAUGUGUGUUUUCUUUGUAUAGUUAUAAGUAUUCGCUCUAAGCUUUCUUUAAUUAUGCUUCGCCCUUUUUUAACAUUGAGCUCGGUGUGCAUUUGUGUGCGUGCGUGUGUGACUAACAACCAUGGUUAACAGAAAGUGGUGUGUUUUGCGCGUGGAUGUGUGUGUGAGUGUGCGUGUGUGUGUCCAAAGGAGGCAAGUGAAAACACAAAAUCAAAAUCAAAACACUCAAAACAAAGGGGCGAGUCAAGUGUAAAGCAAAAAGGGCCACUAAUCGUGCUGCAAAAAGGAGGAAACAAAACGAGACCGCAAGGCAAGGAAGCUAGGAAAUAUUAUAUAUAUACAUAUACAUAUAUACAUACUUUAAAAUAGAUAUAUAUUGAACUAUACAUACUUUUUAUUUUUAUUUUAAAAACAAACAAAACCAAAACCGUCUAAUGCAUUAGCACGGUAGCGAAAAAAAAAGCGCCUAACUGGGAAGGGAAGAUGUGAGGUAGAUAUAAAAACGAAAAACACCGACACACUCACACACACACACAUUCUAGAGGAACUCAGAAGCAAAAGGGCGACAUCUAGGAACUCUGUUUUAAACAACUCUCCCUGGCGGUUGCCUGUAAAAUGUUGAACAUUGUGUAUAGAGAGAUAAGGAGGAGGGAGGAAGAAAUCCGAUUAUUAAAAGCAUAAAACCCCCCAUCUUAGGCCGGUAAGCGUGUGGGAAAGGUGAAAGGUGAUCCCACUUUCCUUUCGAGGUGAAAUCGGAGGUGCAACGUGAAUACACUCGCAUUGAAAACUCACACACACUCACACGCAUACAUAAAAAAAGCAGACGUCGGACGUGAUUGGCGCCGGGGUGGGGAUAGAAGAGAAAACAAUGGAAAACAGGGGUGAUAUGGUGUUAUACUAGGUAAAUUUAAUUAUUUUUUAAGUCAAACAAGAUAAAUAAAAGGUAAAACAAACACACACAAACACACGAAACAAAACUAAUGCUGAU